UCCAACCGAGCUCUCAAUCAUCUUUCUCCCAUAUCUCAUCUUAUGGCUCAAAAAUCCACCAAACGAUCCUUGAAAAUCAUCGCCGGCGCCGAUUCUUUCGGCUGCAACCUUAAAGACGUCUUAGUUUCCCAACUCCGUGCUCUCAACAUCCAAGUCGAAGACCUCGGAACCGACAAAUACUACUCUGUCGGCGAAGAAAUCGGCCGCCGAGUCAGUCAAGCCGCUGAUGACCCCGCCGUUGAGACUCGAGGACUCGUCGCUUGUGGUACCGGCGUCGGAGUCGCCAUCUUCGCUAACAAGUUCCCCGGUGUCUAUGCUGCCACGUGUCUCAACACCGAUGAAGCCCGCAAUGCUCGUUCCAUCAAUAACUGCAACGUUCUCGCCGUUUCCGGGAUGAAUACCACGCCGGAGGUAGCUUCCGACGUUCUCAAGACGUUUCUAGAAACGCCGUUUAAGUCUCCUUGCCCCGCUUCUGGAUCUAACCCAUGGCCCGACGAGAUCGACCAAUUUUUAGAAAAUUCAAUCCACGAAAUGAACAAAAUUGGUACUCCGAAACCCGAGGAAUCUUCUGGGGAUUGCCAUCUUUGUUCAUUGGUGAAGUCCAGAGAGUUUAAGGCUGUGGAGAUAAUGCCUGGUGGUUCAAUUUCUAUAGUGAGGGAGAGUCCUACUUCAGCAUUUGUGCGGUUCACUGCAGGAAGCGUAGAGCCAGCGCAUCAUCAUACAUUUGGUCAUGAUCUUGUUGUGUUAAAAGGGAGCAAAAGGGUUUGGAAUUUGAGUAAAGGGGAGAAAUAUGAUUUGAGUAUUGGGGAUUACUUGUUUACUCCAGCUGGAGAUGUGCAUAGAGUGAAGUAUUUUGAAGAUACAGAGUUCUUUAUCAAGUGGGAAGGACAGUGGGAUUUGUUCCUGGAUGAAGAUCAUGCUGCUGCCAAUGCUGCAAUUGAUAAGGAAAAGGAGAAUUGAUUCACUCCAACAAUUAAGUAUGGUUUGCAGAUCGAUAUGGCGGCGUAUGCAUGUCUUCGGCAUAUGAAUAUUCAUAACUAAGAUAUAUUCAGCUUGAUGCAAAUAUAAUGGCAGCAUGUUCGUUAUUUCUAUGGACCAUGUUAGGAGUGCAUGCUCAGUUGCUCACUGUGAUGGUAGAAUGGUAGUAGCUAUGAUAUAUGUAAUGCUACUUUAUGGACUAUACUUUUAUAACUCUCCAGUGGAUAUUAUGAGUUGCAAUUAAUUAGUUGGAUUUGGGGAUAUAUAUAUAUUUAUAUAUAUAA